UUUCAUUUCCUCUUGCUUCACUCUCGGUUGACAGUGUUGGGUUUGAUAAAAACGUCAGAGUGCUAAUUAAAUUCCCUCUUAAUUACUGACAGAAAUCUUUAGUGUGUGUUUGUACAAUGCUGGAGGACUCAAACACACGCCACCCCACAAUCAGCGGAUGACCAAACCGUUCAGAUCUACUGAAGCGCUCAUAAAUAUGGUGUUGUCUUGUGUUCAGAGCUGGACUGCGGCCCCGGGCCCCUGCUGCGAUCUCCAUCACUUUUAACAGUCUUCUGAGGAUGUGUCAGCUUCGUAUAUCAUUCACUGCUCUUCAUGCCUGUUUCAGGUAGGAAGUGCGUCAGGACGUCACUGAGGAGUGAUGCCUGUUGAAAGUGGAAACAGCGCAGCCGCCCGUCAAGUUAAACAGAAGCGAAAGUCGCACAGUCUCUCCAUUCGGAGGACCAACAGCACGGAGCAGGACAGACCAGGCAUGCAGAGGGACAUGCUGGAGGGACAGGACUCCAAGUUGCCGAUGGCCUUAAGAAGCAACUUAAUGGACCUGUUCGGACAGAUUGAACGCGAGUUUGAAAAUCUCUACGUUGAAAACUUGGAGUUGCGAAGAGAAAUUGAAUCGCUAAACGAACGUUUGCAUGGAGAAGGACAGACAGUCGAUGGUGGUGAUCUGAGCAAAGGAGCCUUGAAAACAAAAGCAAGUCACAGCACUAGUCAACUGUCCCAAAAACUGAAGACAACAUACAAGGCCUCCACAAGCAAGAUUGUGUCCAGUUUCAAAGCCACCACAUCGCGUGCAGUGUGUCAGCUGGUGAAGGAGUACGCGGGACAUAGGGACGGGAUAUGGGACCUUGCCGUGACCCGGGCUCAACCACUGGUUCUGGGCACGGCCUCAGCCGAUCACUGUUCCAUGCUGUGGAGUAUUGAGACGGGGAAGUGCCUGUUAAAAUAUGCUGGUCACGCUGGAUCAGUCAACUCCAUUAAGUUCCACCCUACGGAGCAGAUGGCACUUACUGCGUCCGGGGACCAGACGGCACACAUCUGGCGUUAUAUGGUACAGCUGCCGCUUCCCCAGCCCCCGGCAGACAUCAGCGCCUCGCUGGAUGAUGACGUAGACUUCUCUGAUAAAGACGAGGCCGAAGGAGAGGCAGAUGGGCCCAAUGAAUGCCCCACCAUCCGUGUCGCCACAACGACCUUGAAGAGCCAUCAGGGGGUGGUGAUCGCAGCUGAUUGGCUGGUGGGUGGAAAGCAGGUGGUCACUGCUUCCUGGGAUAGAGCCGCCAACCUCUAUGAUGUAGAGACCUCUGAGUUAGUGCACACACUCACAGGUCAUGACCAGGAGUUGACCCACUGCUGUACUCAUCCUACCCAGCGUCUGGUAGUGACCGCAUCCAGGGACACCACCUUCCGCCUGUGGGAUUUCAGAGAUCCCUCCAUCCACUCAGUCAACGUCUUCCAGGGUCACACUGACACGGUGACGUCAGCCGUCUUCACUGUGGGAGACAAUGUGGUGUCUGGAAGUGAUGAUCGCACCGUCAAGGUGUGGGACUUGAAGAACAUGAGAUCUCCGAUCGCUACCAUCCGCACAGACUCAGCCGUUAAUAGGAUAAGUGUCUCUGCAAACCAAAGAAUCAUUGCUCUACCACACGACAACAGACAGGUCAGACUGUUCGACAUGAAUGGGGUCCGUUUGGCCCGUCUCCCGCGGAGCAACAGACAGGGGCAUCGCCGCAUGGUGUGCUGCUCUGCGUGGAAUGAGGAGAACCAGGCCUGCAAUCUUUUCACCUGUGGCUUUGACCGGCAGGCCAUCGGCUGGAACAUCAACAUACCUGCCCUGCUGCAAGAGAAGUGAUGUGUUCACGCCCGCUACCCGCAUUUGCGGUUUCACAUGCGUAUAUAAGCUUACCACGGGCCAUCCACACAAACGCCACUGACUCCUCAAGCACAUUCAUCAGUGCAACACCUGCAGUAGAUUUAAAGUACAUUCACGUUGGCGUCUACAGUCACUGUCCCACAUUCAGAUCUCAUCCUUUCAUGCCUUGAACAAUGUAUGUGAUGUCCGAGGAAGGCAACAGACUUGUACCAGAUGUUUAAUUUCAUUGAAGUUGUGUAUAUCUAGUUCUGCACUGUCUGUUCUGAGGUCAUAUAGUGUGGUGAACUGACUCUUAGUCUUGUUACCUUGUUUUUACAUGUUUGCAUGAUUCAAGCUGGGACAAGACAGGAACGUUGCUGAAAUGUUCCUUCAUGGCCUGUUGUGGUUACACUUAAAUAACUUUUCACUUUAGUGGUAUUUUUGUCGUGCAAUGUUCAGUUUGUUGUAUGUACAGAUAACCUUUUAUUUUAUGAUGGCAUUUUAGAUAUUAUUUUUGGUUUUUGUAUAGAUAUCUGCCUUGCUUUUUAUAGAAACACGCCUUUGCUUGUAACAUGCAAAAGAGACGGAGCGCUCUGCCUUUGUGAAAGGAAAUCUGCAAAUAUAUUUACGGAUCUGCACCUUCUUGAUGUUCUGAUUGGAACUGCAGUUAAAGCGGCCAAUCAGCUACUGGCAGUAUUGCCGGCAGUCCAUUUGCAUGACAAACCCAGCUCUCUGUCAAAUAUGUGAUGCAAAAUGCUGUAUAAUUGCUGUGUAAUCUUGUUCACCCAAAUGAAAACAAAAAAAGAGGGCUUUGCAAGUAAUGUGAAGUAGUUUUGGAGCCCAGGUUUGAUGUUCAGUUUCAUUUUAAGGGCUUUCAAGUCAUGUAAUAGUAAAUAUCCUAGUCAAAUGUUAUUCAGAUUAAUACAUUGAGUUCACAUCCUGGUCACUGCUGUACUUUUUAUGUAAAAGUGAUUUUUUUUUUUUUAUAGCAGUGAGUGUGUUCAAUAUUGUAAUAUUCGUCUGUACUUUUGGACCAAACAAUGUUGAUUUGCUUCGUGUGACCUACUGAUUCUUUACAUGUUUGCAGACAUACUUGUUUUGGACAUGUGAUGUGUGAACCACUGUGCUUCGCUGUAUCUACAGAAAACAUCGAUGAAGAUGCUGUCAUUCACUUAAAUGAUUCGAGACAUUCAGAAUCUUUAAAUGGAAGCUUUGCCAUCGGUGUGUUACAAGCAGUUACUGCAUUACUGGACUAUUACUACAACUACAGUACAUUGGACAUUAUAAGAAAUGCUGGUGGAAAAGUGUCGAUUGUUCCUUUUCAUUUAGACGAAACAAUUCUUAGAUGUUUAUUAUGAUAAAGAUGUUUAUUUGUGUGAUUUUUGACCAUGGUAAUUGGACUGUGUGUUUGACCCUAGAGUUGCAAUGUACGCAAAACUGCAUAGAAAUCGUUCAUCUUCUAUCCAGCUAUCAAAAAAAACAAGCAAACAUCAUGUACGCCAAUUGACUCAUCAGAAUGUCCUUUAAAAUGUUGGAGAUCUGACACUUUGUUAGUCGUUAUUACUUUGAUAUAACAUUCUGAAUUGAGCCAUAAUUAUUAUUAUUAUUAUUUUUUUUUUUAGAGCAACCUAAUUUACCAUAUUGGACAAAUGAUAUAUUGCAUCAUCAAAACAAUGUAGAGAUGUCGAUUCUAAUUCACUCACUGCUGGGCUUCAGAAUAAAGUAAAAAUUCUUUAAACAUUCUAGUUCUUGCUGUUUUUUAUUAAACAUACAAUUUAACAUGAUUAGUGUCUAUAAAAAUGUUAACAAUUUUACACCGUAACAAUACAGAUACAGACUGUCGAAUUGUGCACAGCUAUUCAUUAAAUACACUGUUGCUAUGUGAAAAGAGUUUUAAAAGUUUUUUACCAAUAUGAUUUUUUGUCCAUCAUAUUUCACUUAAAAAAAAAAAAAAAAUUAAAAAAAAAGGUGGCAAAGUUGUUUUUCUGUUUUUAUUCACAUAAACAUUCACUUUUAAGGUUAAACUGAAGUGCAAUUUACAGACCUUAGCAGCAUGUGCUUGUGAAUUUAAAUGUACACUUUACUGUGAUCUUUUAGCUAUUCUUUUAAUCUUGAGUCAUUUUUACACAUUUUUACAAAAUGUACAGUUAUUACAAUAUUGCCAUUCAAUCAUGCCUUAAAAUGGAAUUACUUGAUGGUACUUCAUUUUGUCAGGUGUUUCUGUUUAACACAAAAGUAAAACAAGUGUUGCAACAAGAUGUAUAUAUAACAUAAACCACUCCAAAACACCUUUUCAUAUGAUUAAAAUAACAAAUACACAAACAUUAACGGGACACAUGUGCACUAACAUCCUCCAUUAUGGACUGAAAUGUCAAAUUGGAUGUUACAAGUUAUCGUCAUAGCGUGAUAAAUUCAACAAACCAUAUCAUUAUAAAAUAACUUGAUUUCCAUUUACAGUCUCGGAUGACAAGCUAGACAGGAAAUGCUGGGUCAGAUGUUUGGUUCAAAUGCUCAGUUUCACCCUCAUCUUUCUUUUGGUAAAGUUUAACACACUUUAAGCUGGGGUGGACAGAUUCAUUAUUUGUAGUAUAUACACACUACCAGUCAAAAGUUUUGAAACACUUGACUGAAAUGUUUCUCAUGAUCUUAAAAAUCUUUUGAUCUGAAGGCGUAUGCUUAAAUGUUUGAAAUUAGUUUUGUAGACAAAAAUAUAAUUGUGCCACCAUAUUAAUUUAUUUCAUUAUAAAACUAAAAUUUAAUUAAAAAUAAUAAAAAAAAAGUUUUUGAAAUUGAUGACUUGGACCAAAUAAUAAAGAAAAGCAGCCAAUAAGUGCCCAACAUAGAUGGGAACUCCUUCAAUACUGUUUAAAAAGCAUCCCAGGGUAAUACCUCAAGAAGUUGGUUGAGAAAAUGUCAAGAGUACAUGUCUGCAAAUUCUAGGCAAAGGGUGACUACUUUGAAGAUGCUAAACUAUAACACAGUUUUGAUUUAUUUUGGAUUUUGUUUAGUCACAACGUAAUUCCCAUAGUUCCAUUUAUGUUAUUCCAUAGUUUUGAUGACUUUACUAUUAUUCUAAAAUGUGAAGAAAAAAUUAUAAUAAAGAAUGAGUAAGUGUUUCAAAACUUUUGACCGGUAGUGUAUGUAUGUAUAUAUAUAUAUAUAUAUAUCACCACAUCUGAUGAGAGACACACAAAGAAGGGGCAUAUAUAUAGAGAGAGAGAGAGAGAGAUUUAUAUAUAUAUGUAUAUUUGUCACCACUAGGUGUCCCUGUAACAUUUCAGCUGUUUAAAGGGGGCUUAAUGACAUCUUGGCAAGCACUGACAAAGCGGCUUUGAAAAAAACAGGCUAAAAGGCUAUGAGAAAAUAUAUUAGGAGCUGUCAUUUACUCAAACACAACAGUGUGAUUGAACAUUUUAACAAAUUAAGCAAAGGAAUCAUGAAUUAAAAUAAAUGUUAGCAGUAAAUUUAAAUAUACUAAUCAUGGAAUAUGGUGAUGUUAAUUGUACAACAGUAAACAUUUUUAAAGACAUAUAUUUAUAAUUUGACAAAAUAAUAUGAGGUUUUACAGCACGCAUAGAAAAAUACAUAAAAAAGUAAUUCUACAUAAAAGACAUGAAUGACACAUACGUAAAUAAUAAAAUAAACAGUUGCAGUAGAAUCAUUGGUUAAACCUCAGGUAAAGUGGCAUGCGUUUCAUAGGUUGGGUCGGGCAUUACAGAGCAAUUUGUAAUUUGCUCGGUUUGUAAAUGAAUCCAUUAACUACAAAUUACUCCAUAAUCACAGAUCUCUACUUGCGCUCUUAAAGCGCAAAUUAAACUCCAUUUUCCUUUCGCCUUUUCUGUCUGCAUCAAACCAGGAACAUUCCCUUUCCUUUUCAAGCAGGUCUUUGCCCUAAACGCCCCAUGUAAAGAUGCAGUUCUUACACACAAAGGAAAACCAACGGAGAAAUGGCACCGCCACCUGUGAACGUGAGCGUGUUUUGAGGUAUUAAAGCAGCAUGCUGUAUUGGUGCAAAACACAGCAAGUGCUCUGAAGAGACCCAGGGUUCGUCGUAAUGGCACCAUUUACAUCAGCUUGUCACCAUUACCUUGCACUGCACACCCAAAAUGGGGCUGAAUUAACCUGUCUUUGCAAUGUCAAACCCUACUCAGGUUUUUUUUUUUUUUUUCUUUUUUCUCAUUUUGUUGCUGUUCAAAUGAAGCAGAGAGAGGAAAGCAAGGGACGCAUCACUCUGACAGGGUCUCUAAUUGGACAGUGUGUUGGAGCUCUUCAGGGGCAGGCCAGCCGGAAACGGGCAGAUAAUGACAAGACGGCAACUGCCUUUCACUUUGGCGAAGGUUAAAACACAUACACAAGUUUGAAUGACAGCUACAGAAGAGCCGAUUGACACUCAAUGUAGAGAGAGAGAGAGAGAGAGAGAGAGAGAGAGGUGACUAUUUCUCUUGUAUCUUUUCCCUCAAUCUGUGAAAACUCUCGCGAGAUAACAUGCGACAUUCAUGCGCUUUGUUGAUUUGAAGUUUUGUAGCAAACCUCGCCCUGACACAUCUCUAACCCUACCCUAAC